GGCCGGCGCAUCCCUCUCGCCCGCAGUCACGGCGGCCGGAGCAGCGGCAGGAGCAGCAGCGGGGCCGGCGGUGGGACAGCAGCGGACGGGCAUGGGGACGGCGCUGGCGGCGCGGCUGGGCCUGGGGCUCCUGCUCCUGGCUCUCCUCCUACCCACGCAGAUCUACUGUGAUUCCAAUGGAACAAAUACAACACCUUCAAACAAUUUUUCAGCAAGCUCCGUUUCUCUGUCAACUGUCACAAAUUCAGUGAACAAUGCCACCGCUCAGGGACAUGGAAGUUCCCUUCAUUCAACCACAAGUCUUCUUUUCAUUCUCUCAGUUUCUCUUCUGUAUUUUUGCUGUUAAGAGACUCUGGCAUGGAAAUGGCUACCACUCCCCACCCAGUUUCCUGAACCAUCCGAGAUGACCAGAUCUCCGACCCAGCAUGAAAAUCAAUCAGUCCAAACUCUACAUCAAACCAGCUUGGUUCCACUCCAUACUCUAAUUAGUACCAGUCUGACCUAGAGAAGCACUCAGUAUUCUGACUUUCCAAACCUGACCAGUGUGAAAAGACCAACUUCAGCAAGGAGGUAAAACAAUGAGCUCUCUUCACCAAAUGAGCUGGAAUUUGAAAAAACAAGAUGGAAGGAAAAUGAGACAGUAUUGGCAACCUCUGAUUUAAAGCUGAGAAGAAAUGCAGUAUCUUAUAAUAUGGAUGGAUGAUAACACUCCACCAAGAAAAAGGCUAGAGGGUUUAUCUACCAUUUAGAGUAAGGACUUUAAGAGAUUUUAUUUUCCGUUUAAAUUCAUUAAAGUCAACAGGCUCGUAGAACCACUAGAAAACACAGAAAAGCUCCAGGGGUCUGUUUCUCCCACAGCCUAUAUGGUUAUAACCUAUGGGUAGUGUAUACAAAAGAAAGAAAGUAUCAGUGAAAAGGGUUUUGUCUAGAUAUCAUUUGUAUGAAAUUGUUACAAGGAUAAAAAUAGAAUACCAAAUUUUUGUAAGAAUCCUCUUACUUCUGAGUCCUAACCAAAUGGCUAGCCUGGCAGGACUAGUUUUGAAAUAGCUAAAAACCACCACUUUUCAUAAGAGUGGAAUUAUUUAUGGUGGGAAUUUGAAUUUGACGUUUUAUUUAAAUUGUUUGUAUAUUAAACCAUAUGUGCCAGAGGACAGAGGUGUGGAAACAUUGGGAAAAGUACCAGGAGCUUUUUGCAAAUGAAGUUCAGACAAAAAAAAAAAAAGUCAAGGGAUAAAUGUCUCCUCUUUCCCCUAUUUCUCCUCCCAUGUUCUACAAGUUGUAUAAGUUCUUUUUGCUCCUGGAACUUUCCUUAAUUAUGAAGGAUUUAUGGAAUCUUUUGAGUAAUGUUCUAGUGCUGCUUUCUUUUUUUUUUUUUUGGCACAAGGUGAAUAACUUACUGUUUUGCUUUUUUUUGAAGAGUUUUAAUUGUGAUAGUUUACUUUAAACAUCGGCUGAUAUUUGCGGUGGGGAGAAGGAGUGGAGAGAGGAGAGCAAAAUGCCAAAAGUAAGAAAUUAAAUGAUCAGAUGUUUGGAAUAUGAAGACUGGAGUCUUAAUUUAAUCACUGAAUUUAAAAGUUACCUUUGUAAAUACUACUUUUUAAAAAUUUUCUGACUCAAAAUUGCUAUACUUGCACAGAUUGUUUCUGUAUCAUCCAGUGCUUUAGGUAAUAGUAUCUGGUACUUGAUCCAAGCAAGCUUUGUUGAGGAGGUUCAACUACCUUGAUGAUAAUACCUUGUCAGAAAAAAAAAAAGCCGAUAUGACCACAUGUGAGUAUACAUGAUCAUAUCACUGUGUAUAGAUAUUUAUCUCAGUAUAAGAUCAUGUCAAACAUGAGUGGCUCUCUAUUUUUUUUUUAAUCCACAUCUGUCUUUCAGUUACAUGACCAUCAUUCCAGAGUAUCAUUAUAUUAAUAGCAAACUAACACAAGUUCAUGUCAGUGAGUGUACAUGGACAUUUCCUCAUGCUUAUCAUUUGUAUCCAGUAAAAUGUUAAUGAUUGUAUUUUUGUGUUUGUGUAACUAUGCUUUGAUUUAUUAGCUACUGAUUUUCAUUUGAGGGAAAAAAACCUGUAAAUAAAAUGGUGGACAGGCAAUGCAUUCUAGAUGCACUUCCAGACACUUCCACAAAAACUUGUAACUUGCCUGCAUAAAGUGAAUGAACUGUUAAGCAAGACUGUAUAUGUGAUUAAAAAUCUCAAGGUCUAGAAA